AUGUAGCUCGAUCAAGAGACUUUAAAUCUAUUAUUUAAAGAAUUAUUUAAUUUAGAUUAGUUACCUAAUAAAGAUAGCGAAGAAUUAACAGAGCAAUAUGAAUAUUAUGAUAACAUAGAGAGAAAAUUUCUAAAAUAAUUUCAUAAUAAAUAAUUAAAUAAUGAAAAUGAAGUCAAGUAUGCUCUAAUUAUGAUUCAAUAGAUUAUUACAUCGAUUUAUUGCUAGACUUGCUGAAGCAUAUUAAGUUUUAUUGGCCAAGAAAUCUAUAUUUAAAUCUAAAGCAUCAACAUUUUAGCCAACUAUAUAUAAUUGCUUAUCAAAUAUGUAUGAUGGAAAAUAAGGAGUUUUUAUAUAACUUAUUUAAUCUAUAUUUACAGAAUGUAAAUUACAAUUAGAAAUUGCAAACAGAAAGCUAACCAACAAUGACAUAGUUAAGCGAGUGAGUAUUAUGUUUUUACAUUAUAAAGAUUCAUAGUUAAGAUUAAGACUCCUAGAAUAAUGAAUCAUUAUAAUAAUAAUAGUCUAUAACUUAAUUAUUAUAACAAAGAAAAAGUACUUAACCUGAAUGGUAAAUCAAUAUUAAUAACAAUAAAAAUUUAAGUUCAUAUUUUAAAAAAGCUCAUUUAAAACUAUAUGAUUUACUUUCAAUAGACAAGUAUUUUAUUUAUUAUUAUUUAGAGUAUAAGAUGAUUAAAUUCUCUAUUUUCAAACAAGAGAAUAAAAUAUGGAUAAAUUAUAUUAAUAAUUAAUGUAAUAGAAUACUCAUAUAAAGAAGUCUUUAAAUUGGGCUCUAGAUUUAGAUAUGAAUGAAUUUGAAAAACACAUUUAAUUAAUGCAAAUCAAGUAAAACUCAACUACUACUCCUAAUAUUUAAUUUACACCUCUUGAUAUUAUUAAAACUGAUUAAUUUGAUGGAUAAAAGACUGUUAGUUCAUUUUUCUCCUAAAACGAACAGUAUAAAUUAAGAAGUUUCUCUUAAAAUUCAAAAAUGAAAGAUCUCUAUUCAUUUAGUGAAAAAAUAAACAUUUUUCAUCCAAAUUAUUAAGAUUCCAUAAAAUAUAAGAUUUCAUAAUCACGAUUAGAUAAUUCAAAACAACAAAAAAGAUAACUAGUUUAAUAGUAAAUAGUAAAAUAAUCACCUGCUGUAAAUAUCCUAACAAGAAAAAUGAUUUUUGAGUAAUAACCUUAAAAUUCCAAAAAAAAAACUAAGUCCUUUAGAUUUAAAAACUGA